AUCUGGCAACCUUAGUCAAAUGUCAAUUUUUUCACCCGUUUGCGCCAAUUUUGUAGUUUUGUUAUGGUGUUUUUGUCCGUUGUAUUCUUUUAUUUGUAACUGCUUUUCUCUAUCUAGAGGUGUAAAACUACAUAGUAAAAUUGAAAAUUAGUUAGCUAAUAUACUGUUAUAUAAAAGGUACAUGAAUUUUUAGUAGGCCGCUUAGUAAUGGAGGGAGCAGUGACUCCAGAGGGCGGACGCCGCACUCGAGCGGCUUUGGCUGAGAUCCCUGCACGCCUGGACCGCCUUCGAGUCACUCCCUUACAGCCGCUCACGAAUACCAGAGACCGCUCACCAGCAUUGCCCCCCAGCUACCUUAGUCCGGCCCCCUCACCAGAUGAAAUGCUUAUCCAACAGAGAGGUCGUAAACGUCUUCCUGUCACUUGGUCACCAGAUAUUGAAAUAAAAAGAAAUUCCACAUUCCACUCAAUUGUUAGAACGCCACCCAAAAACCCGAGCCGCCUUUCUCCGCCGAAAUUAGCAGUCACUUUACGAUCUACCCCACGAAAACGUUUGUUGCUGGGCGAUUCUGAAAGGAUACCUCUGACACCAGAGAAAAUAGACUUCAGUGAUAUUAGCACACCUCAAAAGUUCAAAAUAAGUAGCCCCAUUAAAUCACCACCGCCAAAUAAAAGACCGAGGCUCGAGAAAACAAUGAAAUAUAAUGGACCUAUUGAUGUGGCAUUAAAAGGUUUAAGUCCUAAUCAACUGAUUGAUAUAAUUAAAACUGUCACUUACAAACACCCAGAGGUCGAAGACGAGAUCAGAAAAGAUAUGCCUGUUCCAGAUUUGUCGCCACUCGAGGAGAGGCUUCAUUAUUUAAAAUCAAAUAUUUUUAAAGGGCUCCCGACAUCACGUCUGACUUCUAAAACUGAUUCGCCGGCUUAUUCGCGCGUGUCUACCCAUUUGGCGGCAUUCAAGAAGUGCUUAGUAGAACAGGGAAAAGUAUUAGUGGAGUCUCAACACUGGGAGUCUGUUAUUAAAUAUGUCUUUCUAGCCUGGAACUAUGUUAGAGCUACACCUGUAUGGGAUCAUCAGGCACAUAAUGCCUGCAGAAAACAGUGUUUCAGAGCGCUGACUACUUUUUGCAUGACGGCCCUCAAGAAGGGAAGUUUAGAAAAGGAUCUAUUGAUUGAUACUCAAGAUAAGCUACAAGGCAUGGUUGCAGACAGCGAAGACAUCCAAUCAUGUAUAAAGCAAAUUCAGGGGCAACUGUUGGAUUUGUAAAUGUUUUAAUAGUAAUGUCGGGUGUGCUUUUUUUUAUUGUUUUUGUCUAUUACUAUGUGUUUUUUAUUAUUUUUUUUAGUACUGGGUAUUCUGAUAUUUUUAGAUAGGUCUGUUUUCCUUUGAUUGAUCUUAAAAGGAAUCAAGUACUUUAUGAUUUUAUUUCUAAUUUUUGUCUCUUUUAUUACAAUAAUAGAUUUAAGAAUAAAGGCCAUGUAUAGGUAAUUUAUAAAAUGCAUAGCAAAUUGAUGAAAUACCUUCAAUAAUUUUUUUUAAUGUAGCUGUGAAAAAUGCCAAAAUAAUUAUCUUCUAUAUAAGAGUAAUGAUUUUUGUAAAUUCUACAAUUGUAAGUAGAUGAGUGUUUAUAUUAUGACAGUGCCUUUACUGUAAUUAGGCAAGACUGAUGUUUGAAUGUAAAAUCCGUUGAACUAAAAUUAACUCACUUAUAUAGAUAUUGUUGGCUAUUUGGAUCUCGACAACCAUAUGACCUGAGAUUUUAAAGAAAUAAGCUAUCAAGUGCAAAAAUAUUUUUUUAUAUCAGACUCCUAGUUCCAGAGGUUAAGGCUUUCAAACAUACUCUUCCGCUUUAUUAUGUCAGUAUAGAUAACUAUAAUUUAUUAAGUUAUACAAUUGAUAAAUUAUAAUUAUUUUUCAUAAAUGAUAAAAAUUCUAUGGAAGCCCGAUUCACAUUACAAAGCCGCUGUCGCUCCGGCCUCGGCUGGUAGACGAUCAUGUUCGAUUCGGUUCAGCGAAAUGCACACAGGGAGGCGUUUAAUAUAAUGUAUUUUCUACAGAAUGAAAACGUAUUGAUUUUUUUUAUUUUGACUGAGACUAAGAGUCGUAAAGGAAUAAUAUUUCAUAAUAGAAAUAAAAAGUAAAUAAAGCUAUUAACUUCACUUAAAAAUUAGAAAAAAAAAAUACAGAGAAUGUAGGAUGAAAUUAAACAAAUAUAGUAAUAUAAUAAUAUAUAAAUGUAUUUUUUAUAUAUUUCGCGAUUUCAACCCCUCGUAUAACACCGGGCAUUCCCCCAUAUAACGCGGGGAUUAAUUAUUCUAUUAAAAAA